AUGAGCGAUAAAGCUUUAGAAGCUGCGAAGACCAUUUACAGAGGAGUUUUCCAUCCGAUCGAAGAUUUUGCAUGCUCGGCCAAAAAGGGCAAGCUUGGUGUCAUCGCAGAAGGCGCCAUUGCCGAUUUGCUCGUACUGUCGCGCAAUCCCUUGGAGGACAUCACGGUUCUGGAUCGGCCAGAGCUCUACCUGGAUGCUGUGAGCGGAAAAGGAAAAGUAGUAUCCUGGAAGAUCUGA